CUCAUUCACGGAACCUGUUGGUGCUCCUCUUCUAAUGUUCCAGCGUCCACUACAAGUGAAAACACCAACCGGAAACAAGCACUGUCACUGUCAUUCACCAAACAUAAUCACGUUAUCCGUCCACCGGGACUCUCCUUGGGAUCCCGGACCAGACUCAUUCCAGCGUUGGCUUCUUUCGAGGGUCCAAUCCUCCCGAAGCAGCAAGUCCAGUCCUCCCUUACCUUACGAGGAUCGGUCCUCGGGCAGCAGCAGAUUGCCGUUGCCCCGGAGCUCCAGGAGCCGCUAAGCCACAGGCAGAUGGCAGCGACUAAAGCGGAGCUCUUGCUCUCGACCCUGCAGAUUUCUGAGCCUCUGGCCGGCUUCCCGCCCGUUCUCUCGCCGCAGGACGGAUAUCCGAAGCUGGAGGAGCUGCAGUUGCUGCUGCAGAACGCUGCAGAGGGAUCCGGUGAACCCGGGGACUAUGGAGACUUGCUGUCAGAACUGGCAGACUUGCAGAGUCUCACCCCUCUCACCCCUCGCAUCCCCCCUUUGGCCUACAGUGGACGCUUCACCUUUGAACCCUCUACAUCUGGCGGCGGUGGCGGAAGCCUGUGGCCGGAGCCUCUCCUCAGCCUCUUCAGUGGUUUGGUCAGCGUCGCAGCUCCUCCUCCUGCAGCCUGUGUGGGAGUUCCCUCCUCUUCAUCACCGGUGAUGUUGUCGGUGACCUCAUCAGGGCUGACCCAGCCGAGCUUGAGCUCCACAGAUGUCAGCUUGGUGUUCUCAGGAACAUCGACCAGCAAUUCUGGCUCCCAGCCUGCCCCCUUCCUGUCACAGGGGCCUCCUCCGGCCUACCCCGGCUCCACCUCCAGGCUGGGCCUCCAGCCUCCAUCAAUGGCAGUGCCGAUGCUCCCGGACUACAUCCUGCCUCAGUCACAGAACAAUGAGCUUCACCUGAAUCAGGACCAGAAACCUAUGGUGUCACAAGGUGGGAAUCUCCCACAGCCACCACUUACACCGCUCUCCACCAUCAAGGCCUUCUCCUCUCAGAUCCAGAACCAACAACUAACACCUGCCUGCCAGCUCACUAAGCCAUGCCGGGGCAGGAAAUUCAAUCAUCAGUGCAAGACGUCACCACAGGACCGUCCUUAUAUGUGUCCCGCAGAUGGCUGCGACCGUCGUUUCUCCCGCUCAGACGAGCUAACUCGCCACGUGCGGGUCCACACGGGUCAGAAACCCUUCCAGUGUCGUAUCUGCAUGCGCAGCUUCAGCCGCAGUGACCACCUGACCACUCACAUCCGCACUCACACUGGAGAAAAACCCUUCGCCUGUGCUGAGUGUGGCCGCAAGUUUGCUCGCAGCGACGAGCGCAAGCGGCACACCAAGAUCCAUCAGAGGCAUCGGGAGCGGAAAGCUGACAGGAAUCUCGCUCCUCCUGCUCCCUCCCAGACUCCUCCCACUCCCUCCCCUGCGUGCUCCUCCUCCUACUCAUCACCUGCUCAUAGCUCCGCCUCCCCCACACCAUCCACCAUCUUUCCUCAGUCAACACUGAGUCUGCAGCCCUCUUUCCCAAGCUACCCCAACCUGUACUCCUCCUCCUCCAGCUGCUCCUCUCCUCCUCAGUCAGAGCGGCCGCCUAGCAUUGCCUCUCUUCACAACAUCUGUUGAAAGGAAGCCUUGACCUCUCACUGGGAAACAUCACGAACAGUGCAACUAAAAACUCUUAAACUUCAUGAACAAUCAUCAAAUUGUCAAUUGUAAAUUCAUGUAAAUAUAUAUAUGUGUGUAUAUAAAUAAUUUUUUUUACAAAUGUUUACACAAUAUUUACCUACUGUGUAGGUUUGUAUGUUCACAUGCAGGUAUGUGGCUUGAUUUUUAUGUGAAAUGAUUCCUCUUAACAGGCAAGGAAUAAAAUGUUGCACUUAAAUGCA